CUGGAUGUAAAGACCGAGAUCAGCUGAUCACAGAGUCUGGACACAGAACCACAGACCCACGUGGAGAGGUUCUGUCCUUCGUGAGUCAAACUUGAGUCAGCGGUUCGAGGCUCCUCCUCCUCCUCCUGUCAUUUCCACCUCAGUCGUCACGUGACCUCUCAGGUGAACACACACACCUUGUUCCAGAUUGUGUUACAGAUUCCUGCAUUAUUGAACGCCUCACGGGUCUAAAAGGACAGAACUAGCUCCUCCAUUCAGCAGAGUUUGGACCAGAGUUCGGACCUGCUCGGACAUGUUCGCAUCAGCCACCAAGAACUUUGUGAAGCAGGUGGGAGACACGGGGCGGCUGAUCCCGGUCCCCAGCCUGAGCGAGGCCGACCGGUACCAGCCGCUCAGUCUGGUCACCAGGAAGAGGAAGAGACAUUUCUGGAAGAAGAACAAGUUCGCCUCCACGCCGUUCUCUCUGAAGGACAUCCUGGUGGGAGAGAAGGAGAUCACGGCAGGUAGAUGUCAGGAGGAAGUGUGUCCAGAUAAGGUUUGAGGAUGUGAGGAUGGAGUUUUAGUUAAAGUCAGGUCAAAGUUCAACACUCAUCUGUUUUUGUUUUUUAAUCAACUUCAUGUUUCAUGUCAGCAGGUCGAUUUUCAUGUUGUUAUUUUUUACCUCCACCAUGUUCGGCGUCUUUAAAGCUUCAGUCAGGAACUUUUAUCUUGUUUUCCCUCCAUCAGGAGUUUCAUCCUAUCAGCUCCUGAACUACGAGGACAAAUCAGACGUCUCCUUAAACGGCCGCUUAGGAAACCAUCUGAUCAACGACGUGGGCUUCAACAUCAGCGGCUCCGACUCGGUGGCGGUAAAAGCCUCGUUCGGCAUCGUGACCAAACACGAGCUGGAGGUUCCCACGUUACUGCGAGAGCUGAACUCCAGGUGAGGAAGUCUUCAUUCCUCUGCGAGGAUUUUGACCCCUGAAAGCAGCAGUCUGUGUCUGCAGAGCCGAUGAAAUCACUCCAGGAAGUGAUUCGGUUCAGUACGUUCACUUCAAAGAUUCGGUUCUUUUGAACGAAUCGUUCGCGAACGACACAACAGUAGUCUGCAUCUCAGAGGAACAGCAGCUAUCAGCUGACCUCUCUGCAGAAAUAUGAGGAGCGGGGUUUCCCUCUGAGCGUGAAUAAAUGAUCAUGUCAUUUAAAGAUCUGUGGAGGUUCUGGAGGUUCUGGACCUGUUCUCACCUCCUGUUUUUCAGGAAGGUGGACCUGGAUCACUGCCUGGUCCGACAGUCCAGAGAGAGCGGACGCAGCGUCCUCUGCGUGGUCGUGGAGAGCAUCAGAACGACACGCCAGUGCUCUCUGACCGUCCACGCCGGGAUGAGAGGGACGACCAUGAGGGUAAACGCCGUCCACACUUACAGAUGUUCCUCUGAGUCUGGACCACUUUGAGGAUCUUCUGUUUCUGCAGUUUCAGAUCGACGACGGCAGGAACCCCAAAGGUCGAGACAAGGCCAUCGUCAUCCCGGCUCACACCACCAUCGCCUUCAGCGUCUGCGAGCUCUUCGUCCGAUUGGACGGACGUCUGGGUGAGAAACAAACACGCUCUGAGAGGUUAGGGUCAAAGGGUCGUGUUCUUCUGUGAGGAGCAGCAGGACCAGAACCUGACAGAACCUCUUCUAUGGAAGUCCAUCUGUGCCAUCUGAUUUUGAAUUUCUAAAGCUGAAUUUUUUUUGCAUCAAAAUCAGACUUAGAACUUCAAAACUAUUGAAUUUCAAGCAUGCAUUUUUAUUAUUAUGUAAUUUUUUAAAUGUAUUUUAUUAUUUUAUCAUUUUUUAUUUUAUUAAAUAUUAUUUAUUUUAUUAAAUAUUAUUUAUUUUAUUAAAUAUUAUUUAUUUUAUUAUUAUAUUAUAUUAUUUAUAUUCCUUACACGUAUUUUAUUAUUUAUUUAAUCAUUUUUAUUAUAUUAAAUAUUUAUUUUUUAUUAUAUUAUUUCUUUUUAUUUAUUCAUCAUUUUUUAUUUAUUUCUUUAUUUUAUUUAUCUUUUUUAUUUCAUAUUUUAUUUCUUACACUUAUUUUUUCACAAUGAUGAAAUAAAUUCAGUGUCAAAAAAUUGGUCACUCAAAAUAUUUGUGUAGUAAAAAUUCAACUUAAAAGACUGUGUAAAAAAAAUUUCUACAUAAAAAAAUUUCAGUGUCAAAAAAAUGUGUGUAAAACAGACUGACUCAACGUCCAGGUAAUCAGGGAGAAGCAAUCGAUUUCUGGCUCACUCCCUGGAUCAGAUGGCACAGAUUUACUUCCAUAGGUUGAGUCGGUCUGUUUUACACUACAAUUUUUGACAUUAUAUUGUUUUUGAAGUUGAAUUUUAUUACACAGUUUUCUUAAGUCAAAUUUUUAUUACACAAAUACUUGGAAAGACCGUUUUUGUUUUUUUUUUACACUGAAUUUAUUUCAUCAAUGUUAAAAAAAUAAGUGUCAGAAAUAAAAAUGAAAUAAGAAUGAUAAAAUAAAAUAAAAUAAUAAAUAAAUAGUAAAUAAAAUAAUAAAAUACAUAAAUAAAAUUUUAAUAUAAUAAAAAAAUAUAUAAUAAAAAAUAAAAUAAAAAUAAAAAUGCGUGCUUGAAAUUUGAUGGUUUUGAAAUUCAAAGUCUUAUUUUAAUGCAAAAAAAAAAAUCCAGCUUGAGAAAUUCAAAUUCAAAACCAGAUGGCACAGAUUGACCCCCAUAUUAUUUUGUUUAUUGAAAUCCACUGUUAGGUUUUACAGUGCACAAAGAGAAAAAUAACCUGAAUUAUUCAGAGAGGUGGAAGCUGAGAUGUCCCACCACACCUGAACGUCUCAUAUCAUCAUCCCAGAAAAAUCACACAUCGGUGCUUUAAAAACUCUGACACUGACAAAAACAUGAAACCCGAGCAGGCUCUGCUUCGAAAUACAUCAGAUAAAAACCUUUAAAACCACUUAAAAUCUCCUAAAAGAUCCAGAAGCAGGACUUAAGGCAGCUGUAUCAGUCAGAGUUAAAGGGGUAGUUCAGAUUUUUUUAAGGUAAAGUGGUAAAAAUAUCCAAAAUAUUGACAAAAAUUAACUUUUUUAGUGUGAGCAGCUCCAUGUCUGAGACUGGAUGUUUUAAAGAUAAAAGUAUUUUGUUUAAAUGUCUCAAACUUGAAUGUCUGACCUUUAGAUGAGGGUCUCUGAUUUUCUUCUUCUUCUGUUUCAGAUCUUUGCGUCGCUCCAGACUCUCAGGGAGGGUUCGAGCGCGAGCAGAUCAGGGAGCAGCUCGGCGGCUUCGUCAGUCACUUCUCCAUGGGCCGACUCCGGCGCUUUCUGUCCGGGAUCGUUUACGGAAACCCUUUCAGAGCAGGUACCGCCGUGACCUCUGACCUCUACGGCAUCACAAACACUCCACACUGCAAAAAAGGGGCGUCUAAAAACAAGAUUAAAAACACUAAAAACAAGAUAAAAACACUAAAAACAAGAUAACAACACUAAAUCUGAGGGAAAAGGGACUAAAAAUAAGAUAAAUUAUAAAUAAAAAUUAUAUAAUUAAUAAGUGAAAUAUACUAAAUAUAAGCAUAAAAUGAGUAUAAAAUGCUGGUUUUAAGUUCAGAUGACUUGAAUUUUAACUUUUACAGCUCUAAAAUCAGUGAAAUCUACUAAAAUAAGUAUAAGGUAAGGAGAAAGUGCAGGUUUGAAGAUGAGAUCACUCAAAAGUCACUUUUUUACAGUCUCAAAAUAAGUGAGAUAAUCGUUUGCCUGAUGUCUUCAGUGACCUUCUUUAUUCGACUUUAUCUCCAGAUAACCGGACGUUCGAGGAGCUCACGCACUCCGACACCUUCAUGGACGACAUGGUCACCGACUACUACGAGAAAGCGGCGAGCAUGACGGACGUUUCCACCGCCUACCUGAGAGAGAGCUCGCACACACGGGUCAACCUCCUCAAACACAACAUCCCCAAAGGGCCGUGCGCGCUCUGCGGCAUGGGCAACCAGAAACGGGAAACGGUGUACGGCUGUUUGGAGUGUUCGGCCGGAGGUCAGAAAUACGUCCGUCUGCACGUGGUGCCCUGCUUUGACCUCUGGCACAAAACGCUGAGGUGAAGAAGAAAAGAUGAAAACUUUACAAACGUCUCUGCUGGAGGUUUUUAUUUCAACGUUCACAGAAUGAAAGUCCGGACAGCUGGACGUGGACUGGACAGUUUUUUAUUUUUACUGCACUGCAAAUGAUUUGGUUCAUACCUGGGUGUUUUCUCUCUGAAUUUCUGUUUGUAAUUCUAUAUUUUAUUGAUUAGAUUUAGUAGAUUUCACUUAUUUUAGGGCCGUUAAAGUUACAUUUUAAUAAUCUGAUUUUAAACCAGCA